CGCGAAAGGACAUGACACAGAACGGCACUGCAGCCGGCAAUGGCACUCAAACUGAUUCUCUCAAAAUUGUGAUCGUCGGAGACGGGGGUUGUGGGAAAACAUCUCUGCUUAUGGUGUACGCCAAAGGAGAUUUCCCAGAGAAAUAUGCUCCAUCUGUGUUCGACAAAUAUGUCACGACUGUAUCCUAUGGAGGGAAAGACAUUCAGCUGAAUCUGUACGAUACGGCAGGCCAGGAGGACUAUGAUCGCUUGAGGCCUCUGUCGUAUCAAGGAGUAAACCUUGUUAUCAUCUGCUACGACGUGACCAAUCCAACAUCAUUCGACAAUGUCACGAUAAAGUGGUACCCAGAGGUCCAUCAUUUCUGCCAUGACGUCCCCAUUAUCCUAAUAGGGUGCAAGACGGACCUGCGGAAGGACAAAGAGAAGAUGAGGAAGCUCAAAGCUUUAGAUCUGGCGCCCAUCACCUACCUCCAGGGUGAACAGAUCCAGAAGCAAAUGAACGCUGAGAUAUACCUGGAGUGUUCGGCUAAAUAUAGAGAAAACGUAGAGGACAUUUUCAGGGAGGCAACCAAGCGAGCGCUUGCGGCCAGGGCUAAAGCAAGACAUCUCCGCAAGAAGAAGAAACGCUGCACUAUUCUGUGACCACUGCCAGAAGAACACACUUGUUCAAGUUUUGUAUAUAUGAACUAGGAUAUUCUGUAAACAUUCUGGAAACAUCUGCAAAGCUUCUCACAAUUGUUUAAGCUUUCUCGAAGGAAUAUUGUUCAGGAUGCGUGGUGUGCGUUUUCUCACAAUCUGCCCACCAAGCAAGGCUUAACUGUUUGACAGAGGUCACCAGUGUGUGUGUAUGAUAAGUCUGUAAUGGUCCACACGCCACAUCCUUCUGCUGGUGUUACUGAUAUGACUUGAUGGAAUUUGGUCUGCCAUUGUGGAUCUCAUAGGAGAUGGAAAAACUGCUGCUGAUGUCUCAGGGAUGACUAUACAUAUAUCACAUUAGCCCCUUUCACACAGUAAUACCAGUAAAUUGCCGUUAAAUUACCAGAACGAAUUUACCAGUAUUUUUGAAAAGGUUCUGUUCACACAUGAUCUCUUUACGGCAAUUUACUGGUAAUUUUCCGGAAAAGUCUGUAUGUGUGAAAGGGCUUAUUGUCACAUUUUACAUUCAGUUACAAUCGGUGUUGUUGCACAACUAACUGAAGUACCUGCCACUAUGUUGCACUGGGUGUAACAUGUUUCUGUUGUGCAAUGCAUGUUAUCGACUUACACAAUAGUUGCAGUUUUUAAACUUUGAAUUACAGUAUUUUGUGAGUCUAUAAAGCUUUCUGAACAAAAAAUGGUGGCCUAUGGUGUACAAACAAUCCUGGAGAUUUGUAGAAAUAUUUACAACAUUUUAACUGGAACUUCUCUUUUGUUUCUUUCAGUACGGGGAUGAUUUACUGUAUUUUCAGCUCUCACACAGAUGCCAGAAACUGAAAAGUAUUAUUAUUAGCACAAAUAAACCUGUGAUAUUUUAA